UCGAUGACAUUAAACAAGUGAUGGAGGACGUUUCGUGAACUUUAAGUGAAUUGGAUGUAAUCUUUUGUGCACAAACUCUAUUGUUGGUGGAGCGGAAGAGGAUUAAUUCUUCUCCAACAAGUCACGCUUCUUGUCGUCUAUGUGAAUCAGCUGACAGCAUGGGGAGACUGCUUGUACUUGCUGUCAUGCAAGCGGUGACAGUCACUUUGGUGACUGCAGAGUGUCCGGUGGUGUGCGAGUGUCCGGCCGCGCCGCCAUCCUGCCCCCCAGGAGUCAGCUCUGUGCCAGAUGGAUGCGGCUGCUGUAAAGUGUGUGCGGCGCAGCUGAACCAGGACUGCCACGAAGGACAGCCCUGUGACCACCAUAAAGGCCUAGAGUGCAACUACGGCAAUGAUGUCGGCCGUACCCACGGCAUCUGCAGGGCAAAGGCAGAGGGCCGCUCCUGUGAAUACAACGGGCGAAUCUACCAAAACGGCGAGAAUUUUCGAGCCGGCUGCAAACACCAGUGUACCUGCAUAGACGGGGCAGUGGGUUGCGUGCCUCUUUGCCCUAGCCACGUGCCCUUGGCUUCACCUUCCUGUCCGGCUCCGCAACUGGUGAAGGUGCCAGGCCAGUGCUGCCUCAGCAUCGACUGCCACAAGGGAACGACCAUCAUGCCACCCGUGCACCAUCGACCUCAACCUCCGAGUUACCCGCCGUACCCCUUCCUUCCCUACCCCGUUUACCCUUACAUGAAGCCGUACACGAAACCUUACCAGAAGCUGUACCCCUACAAACCCAAAAAUGAGAUGGACACUCUGGGAAACGAGCUUGUGGAGGUGGGGCGCAAAUGGGACAAGCCUCGUGGCCACAAGCACCUGGCGGCGUGGAGGCAGUUGGGAGAUCAGUGCAUGGUCCAGACUACUUCUUGGUCACAAUGUUCUCGCAGCUGUGGGAUGGGCAUUUCCUCUCGCGUUACCAAUGACAACGCUCGCUGUAAACUGGUCAAGGAGACCCGACUGUGCAACAUACGGCCCUGCAGCUCUGUGUCUAUGCCAGCCAAGAAAGGAAGGAAGUGCUCCCGUACCCACAAAGCCCCCGAACCCCACCGCCUGUCCUACGCCGGCUGCAGGAGCACUCGCCUGUACAGGCCUAACUACUGUGGUGUAUGCAGAGACGGCCGCUGCUGCUCACCCCGUCGCACACGCACCGCCAGCGUCACUUUUGCCUGCCCCGACGGCGAACGCUUCACCAGAUCCGUGAUGUUCAUUCAGUCGUGCAAGUGCAGCGACGAAUGCAAUCACCUCAACGAGGCGGCCAUGCCCCCGCAGCUCUGGCUCUACGGAGACACACACAAGUUCAUUGACUAGCUACACAAAGCCUACAUUCCCAUAAACAACGAAAACAACAUUGAACAUGGAACAUUGAAACCCCCACACCACGCAGUCUGCAUUUAAGAGGGUUAAAAGGCACUCCCUAUUUCAGAGUACUUGUCAAUAUAUAUAUGUAUAUUUUUUUUUUCAUUUUCAUUGUUUGUCUGUACUCAAUCUAAUGAUAUUUCUCUUUUUUUUGCUUGUGUUCAACAACCUUAAUUGAGUCAAGACAUAUUUUACAUUAGAACAAUGGCUUUCAAAAGUGUGGUGCGAAAAUCUCACUCUAGUACACAGAUGUCAAAGUCGAGGCUCAGGGUCCAGAUCCGGGCCACACUCAUUUUAUGUGGCCCACGGAAGCAAAUCAUGUGCAACAACUUCAUAUUUCUUGCUCUGAUAUAAAAGUUUAAGAUUGUAACCCUUAAACUUCUAUAAAUCUUAACUUUUUGUUACCAGUCUUUCAAUUGUUUCUGAUUUAAAAACAGCUAUCGUUGAGUUUGUCCCGUACGUAUACUGUACGUAAUGAUGUGAGGUGAGCAUACAUUUACGUUUUCGCAGUCAUAAGGGCCCUCUGAACUAUAAAUACGAUGCGGCACAUGACAAAAAUGUGUUUGACACCCUUGCUUUAGUAAUAUGCAAAAGCUAGACUAAAUUCAAUUACAUUUUUUAAAUUAAUUUUUUUUUUAUCCACCAGUGUAUGAACCAAUUGUAGUUCAGUUGUAAUCAACUUAAACUACAAAAGAUUCUUAUUUGUUUAAAAACACCCCCCCCCCAAAUAUUUAGGAUUAACUUUUAAGUGUAAUGCCUUUUAACUCAAUCUUUAAGUGGAUUUCCAUUUUUUUCUUUAAAACAAGUGCAGUGCUAAUGCUCAAAAGAAAACCUUUGUCUUUAUUCUUAAAUAUUUAGCGUAUAAAUUUAUUUUAACUCAUUGCCUGCCAGUGAUGUUGAUACACUACAAAUUCAUUUUGACGGGGGGGCUGGCAGCACUCAAUUAAAAAAUUUUAUCCUCAUAAAGACCUGGCAUUUCAAUGAUUGACCUACAUAGGGUUAAACAUUUUAUAGAUAAUUAUUAUUAAUUUAGCUUUCUUAAACACAUUAAUUGUAGAAAACAGGUCUAUGCCAGUGACAUAGUGACCAGAAUUAACAAUUAUUGCUCUUCCACUAGACAGCAGAAAGUACAGAAAAUUUACACUGAAUGAGCAAAUCUGUUAAUCAAACUUUUUAUGACUGUUUGGUGCCGUCAAGUGUCCAUGUAAAAUGUCUUGGCUCAGUAAAGGUUAAAA